CGAGUGACGUAGCGUGUGACGCGCCGCGCCUGGUCCGUCUGCUUCCGGGUUGCUUCAGGGGCAGCAUGUGUUUGUAGCGUUUUGGAUUUUAAAACGAAAAUCUAAAGUCUGACUUCUGGUUAAUAGAUCGUCAACAUGAGCAGCCAAAAAGGCAACUCUUCUCGUUCGCGGCCACAGAAGCAUAAAAACAGUGUGGCCUUCAGAAACGACAAAUACGGAGCCACCAUACAAGUGAAGAUAGCAAACUCGAAAAUCCAUAAUGGGCUCUGUCAAAGAUGCAAAGAUGUGUUGGAAUGGAAAGUGAAGUACAACAAAUAUAAAUCGUUGACACAGGCAAAGAAAUGUGUGAAGUGUUUCCAGAAGAACGUGAAAGAUGCAUACCACAUCAUGUGUAAACCCUGCUCGAUCCAGCUAGAGCUCUGUGCCAAGUGUGGGAACAAGGAGGAGAUAGUUAUUCCAAUAAAUCCUGAAGUGGAGGAGGAGGGUGAGCAAGGAGAAGAGGGUGAUAAGAAGAAGAGACUGAGAAAGAGGAAGGAUUUGGAGGAUGAUGAUGAUGAUCUAAGUGACUUUGGGAGUGAGGACGACGAUGAUGAUGAUGGUGAUGAUGAAGACAGUGACUCCAGACCAAGGAAGACGCUCAACAAACUGCCUGUGCUCCCUGAUAUCUCUGGGGCCACCAUAAAAGACUGAAUUCACGAUUGGGUUUCAUUUCAUUGCCCAUUACAUUAUCCUUGAUAUGCUCCCGGAUCAUAAUAUUGGUUUGUAUUUACCAAGCGUUCUUUUUUGUUAUGUGUUAUUGAUCCGCUCUCAGAGAAGUUGUCGACGUGCUGAACUGACUUUUGAAUAAAGAGCUUAGGUCUGUUGAAGCGCGAUACGUUUCUCACCAUUGGUCUGUAGAGCAGUCCAGGCCAGUCUUGGCUCUGUCAUGUUGACAUCGCUCAGGAAGUGUUGUGUGUGUGGAAAGCACCCAUGACGAUGUUGCAAGCUCGGAGUCCACCUUCAUGGCCUUUGAGGCCGAGUCAUGCCAGGGCUCUGGACUGGGGCAACAUUACUUCCUGUUCCGAGUUGAGUUGCUACUGUCGGUGUAAAAGUGGCAUAAUCUGUCGUUACCCCAGACUCAUUAAACUGACUCAAAGUUAACUAGUUGUUCUUAAUGUUGGCUUUGGAUGAUUCAUAUUAGUAAUUCAUAUUACUAUAGCGUGUGUGUAUUCAAAGUGGUGGAAACGCAGCGGAGAGAGAAUGAAGGGGAGUGAGAAGCUGACCUCAUGCCACCGGCAUACAUGCAGGGAGGGCCGGAUUAAGAAAAUGGCCUUUAAGGGCUGCAGCCCCAGGCCUUGCCAGCAGGGGGCCUCAUGUCGAGAGGUGUCAAAUGAACGCGUUCUUAAUUGUAAAAUAGUUUUUAUAAACCUUGUUUGUAUGUAAGGCUAAUUCAAAUGUGUUCCACCCUGGAGAUUUUGCACUUGCACUGUAGGCAUAUCUGACUGCCUUUCUGUGAGUAUUAAUGGCCAUUCCCUGGCUAAAUAGUUUUUGCUUUGGAAUAAAUUAAAAUCUGUUCAUUUA